CGCGGGCUCAUGCAGUAGUGCUCAAGCUCCUAGAAGUAGUGGCGCCCUGGUCACGACGUAUGAAGAAGGCAUGGAUGACGGCGCGCGAAGACCUGUGGUUAAUGGGUAGGGGUCCGUGGAAGGGGAUGAUUGACAUAAAGGGCUCGCGGACGAUCAUCUAUAUGGCGCCGUCCACGGAGCUGAGGGACUGGCUCAUACAUGAACGGAAGGUGGAGUCUAUAUUGGUGGGAUAUGUUGGUCAUGAAGUACAACUGGUCCCAUGGCGAACGCCUGCGGAAAUGGAGUUUCAGCAGGAGGAGGAGAAACGACAGCGGCCAUGGGUCAAAGUGUUCACCCCCCCCUCCUUUUUGGUCCCUCUCGAAGAACAGAUGGUGCAACAACCUUUUGGCGAGAUUGUUUCUAUAGCCCUCUUCUGUGAAGAAGAAAGGGAAUAUCGGAGGUAUGUGGUUAGGGGCCCACUGAAGAUGCGCCAGGUUGAGAGGGUAGCUGUGGCUUUUGGGCCUACGACUACGCAGGAGUUUCGCUUUAUUACGAGCGAAACUCCAUUUUGCGACGUCUAUUUUAUGCAUGGGCAUUUGGGACGGGAAGGCCGAUGGCUUUCCAAGGCGGAAUCAGCCAGAGAGCUGCAUAAGAAGGAGAUACGCCGACGAAUGGACCCCAUUUUAGCGUCGAAUGUGGAAGAGGAAAGGCGAGCCUGGAGGGAGAUCGAGCAGCGAUACGAUGCGGUGGUGCUGAAGGAGUUGCAGGCGGCACACUGGCGCGUGGGGGGUCCCGAAGUAGCAGAGGGCUAUCGCAGGCGACAGGACUCGAAACCCCGUGGUCGACAUACCCAGCCGCCCAGGGGGACAGGCGGAGGUAAGGUGGAGAUAUUGGAGGGGAAGGAGGAAGACAGUCAGGGCAGACUUGAUGGGCAGGCACUUCGGAUUUCAGGGGGGGAGACAGGGCAAACCAAGGAGGUGCUGCGUGAGCUUGGGGGGGAAUGUAAGCAGAAGGGGCAGGUGGGGCUGGAUGAGAUCUGUCCAGGGAAAGUGCCGGAGGACAUUAAUGAGGCCAAUGGAUGGUCGAAUGAGGAGGUAGUGGAAUCUUCGGGAAGGAUGGAUGCAGAGGGAGGGGGGGGGAAUAGAAAGGAAAGCACGCCAGGGGGGAAGGUCGGGGAGAGUGAGGUACUCCCAGGGGGAGGGCAGACACGAGGAGAAGACAAGCAAGUCAUGCUCGACUGUGUGCGGGCCAACAUAUUAGACAGGAAGGUCGGGGAGGAGGAGACGGUGGGGGGGAACAGCAAGGAACGCACGCCAGGAGGAAAGUUUGGGGAGAGUGAGGCGCUUCAAGGGGGAGGGCAGGAACGGGGAAGGACGAGAGACAGUGGUGGGAAGGAGGAGGUGGGUGCGGGGGGAAGGGGGGAAAAGGAUGGGUCGGGGGAUGGAUCGAGGAAUGGAGAACCACCUCUGGGGCAGCAGCAGGAAUGCUGGCUCCUUAUCCCUUAUGGUCGCACAGAAAUGGGUGCGGAGUCAACAAAUGUGCAUAUCCCGGUCCCGGGGGGCGCGAAAGAAGGCGAAUCGGACGACGUGGAGGUGGUGGACCUCGCAGCUAGCCUGUCGGCCCUCUCCCCUCCCCCCCCUCCUCCCCCCUCCCACAAAUGUGAGCCCACUGCUGUGACAUCGGACAGCGGAUUGGUGGGCAUGCCGAGACGUCGGCGGAAGCAGCUGACCUCGGGUCCGCCCAUAUCGAGCCCCGCGAAGGUGGGAAGUUCCUUACAGCAAGCAACAGGGGCGAUCCAGUCCGAUCGAGAAGAGGAGCGACGCGAGCUGCAGGCACGGGUGGACGCAAAGCCAAAGAGGUGGGAUCGGUCCCGCUCCCCGGCUGGUCGUAAGGUGCAGCUGCUUAAAGACGAGGACCGAUGGGUGUCCCCGCAGCGAGGACGCAUUGAAGAAGAGGAGUUGCAGAAUAAGGUGGCCGAGGAGGGGCUGGCGGAAGGCAUGGAGGACGCGCAACCCCGCCAGCCUGCCCUGGAUUUGGAUGAGCCCAUGAUAGGGGAUGAAGGCGGGGACUCGACGGAUGACAGGGGCGGAGCGAUGGAUGAGGACAUGGAUAUCAACGAGGGAAUGGAAGCAGACGUGGGAUAUGAAUACAACGGUGAAGGGGUCACUACAGGAAAUAUUGGCACCCGGGGAGUGUUAUGUCUGCCCGAUGAUGCUAUGGUGGGCGGAGCAAGGCAUUAAGGUGGUCACGAAAGGCAGUACGGAAUUCUUCGUCUAUGCGGCGCGCUCCCUYCCCAAGAACCCGAAUAUUACCAGACAG